AUGGAGGGACAACACGCUCCUACUCCCGACCAUGCAAAAUCCAGGGCUCACAGAGGUCUGAUGAGCUUGCCAACGGAGCUUCAUACCCUGAUUGCCUCUUAUUUAUCAUACCCGGACGCUCUGGCACUGAAACAUACCAGCUUCAAGUUCAACUCUCUGGUCUACACCGGCGUUCACUUAAAAGUCGACUGGCUUGUCGAGCGCUUCGAGCGCAAGCUCGAGUGCCCCAUGGAAAAGUGCUCCUUCCGCACAGAUGAACAGUUCUGCAACUGGCGUAUCCGCCGGAUCAUGGAGCGGCGACGAUGGCACCUGGAAUGCCGCCAAGUACCAGGGGGUUGCUGCGUCGUGGAUGGUCAAACGUGUCGCAAGGUCUUGAUACCUUGGCUAAAGAGGUCAGGUCCCCGGAAGGUGACCACGAGGUUGUCACUAUGGGGACGUGAAGCUCUGAUAAUCUGCAUUAUUGCAUUCUUGAUGGAAUUUGCAUGGAAUAUGGUGCAGAGGACCUACGAUGAAGACAAGCGGAGCAACAGCCCACUGACUUACUUCGCAAUGAAGCUCCCCGAUCGGUAUCGAUUCACUUGA